ACUCACACACACACACACACACACAGACUGAGGAUGAGGAGCUGCUGUGUGAGAUGAGGCGGGUUCUGCUGCUGCUGCUCCUGCUGGUGUCGGUGGAGGGCGGCAGGGUCCGGGGCCAGCACACACACACACCGGAGAGUUUUCCUCUGGACUUCACAGCGGUGGAGGGAAAUGUGGAGGGCUUCAUGGCGCAGGUGAAGAGCCUGGCCCAGUCGCUGUACCUCUGCUCCUCUCAGAGGCUGGAGCACCAGAUGAAGCUGCAGAUCCUCAAGAACACCUCCGUCACCUGUAAUGACGGAUCACCUGCGGGCUAUUAUAUAAAGGAGUCUCGAGGCAGCCGGAGGUGGCUGGUGUUCCUGGAGGGUGGAUGGUACUGCUUUAGCAAACACACCUGUGACAGUCGCUAUGAGAGCAUGAGAAGACUGAUGAGCUCCAGCAACUGGCCUCCCACCAGAACAGGAACUGGGAUUCUGUCUCCACAACCAGAAGAAAAUCCACACUGGUGGAACGCAAACACUGUGUUUGUGCCGUACUGCUCCAGUGACGUUUGGAGCGGCUCUACACCAAAGACUGACCAAAAUGAUUAUGCGUUCAUGGGAUCUCUGAUCAUUCAGGAGGUCAUCCAGGAGCUCUUAACUAAAGGACUCGACGGAGCCAAAGUCCUGCUGCUGGCCGGAAGCAGCGCGGGCGGCACCGGUGUGCUUCUGAAUCUGGACCGUGUGUGUGCGCGUCUGCAGGCGGAGGGUGUGUUCUCGGUGCAGGUGCGCGGGCUGGUGGACUCGGGCUGGUUUCUGGAUCAUCAGCAGUUCAGCAGAGGAGACUGUAGACACACACUCAGCUGCGCUCCCACUGACGCCAUCAGGAGAGGAGUCCGAUACUGGCACAGUGUGGUUCCCGAGCGCUGCAGUCGAGCUCAUGACGGACAGGACUGGAACUGCUUCUUCGGCUACAAGGUCCAGCCCACAAUCCAGAGCCCAGUGUUUGUGGUUCAGUGGCUGUUUGACGAGGCUCAGCUGGCGGUGGACAACAUUCACCUGACAGGUCAGAGACUGCAGGAGAGCCAGUGGAGAUACAUCCAGAACCUGGCCACAACACUCAGAAACACACUCGCCAACGUCACGGCCAUGUUUGCUCCCGCCUGUCUGUCUCACGAGAUCAUCACUAGAAGUUACUGGACAGAUGUGCAUGUGAAGGGCACAUCUCUGCCGCGGGCGCUCCAGUGUUGGGAUCGCAGCCUUCGUCACCAUGGCAACAGCAGCGCACAGGCUCCGCACCGCGGGUGCCCGCUGCAGUUGAUUGACAGCUGCCCUUGGCCGCACUGUAACCCAUCGUGCCCAAGUGUCCGAGAGCAGCAGAUGAGCGCAGUUCAGUUCCUCACAAAGCUGGGCUUCGACAUCCAGCGCAUGGCACAGCAGCAGGGCAUCGAACCCAACACACUACUGGGCAUGCUCAAUAACGGCUCCUAGAAAACUCACAGACAUCACAAUCGGGCAUCGAACCCAACACUCUACUGGGCAUGCUCAAUAACGGCUCCUAGAAAACUCACAGACAUCACAAUCGGGCAUCGAACCCAACACACUACUGGGCAUGCUCAGUAACAGCACCUAGAUAACUCACAGAUAUCGCAAUCGAGCAUUGAACCCAACACUCUACUGGGCAUGCUCAGUAACGGCACAUAGAAAACUCACAGACAUCACAAUCGGGCAUCGAACCCAACACUCUACUGGGCAUGCUCAGUAACGGCACAUAGAAAACUCACAGACAUCACAAUCGGGCAUGGAACCCAACACUCUACUGGGCAUGCUCAGUAACGGCACAUAGAAAACUCACAGACAUCACAAUCGGGCAUGGAACCCAACACUCUACUGGGCAUGCUCAGUAACGGCACAUAGAAAACUCACAGACAUCACAAUCGGGCAUGGAACCCAACACUCUACUGGGCAUGCUCAGUAACGGCACAUAGAAAACUCACAGACAUCACAAUCGGGCAUCGAACCCAACACUCUACUGGGCAUGCUCAGUAACGGCACAUAGAAAACUCACAGACAUCACAAUCGGGCAUGGAACCCAACACUCUACUGGGCAUGCUCAGUAACGGCACAUAGAAAACUCACAGACAUCACAAUCGGGCAUGGAACCCAACACUCUACUGGGCAUGCUCAGUAACGGCACAUAGAAAACUCACAGACAUCACAAUCGGGCAUCGAACCCAACACUCUACUGGGCAUGCUCAGUAACAGCACCUAGAUAACUCACAGACAUCGCAAUCGGGCAUCGAACCCAACACUCUACUGGGCAUGCUCAAUAACAGCACCUAGAAAACUCACAGACAUCACAAUCGGGCAUCGAACCCAACGCUCUACUGGGCAUGCUCAGUAACGCCACCUAGAAAACUCAGUGCUUUAUGAUGAAAAUUGAACGAAUCAGUUAUGAAGGUG